UUAAUAAAAUAUGUGACUCCAAACUUGGCUUUGUCUAAUGUCUCUGGCUUUCCAAGUUCGGUCAGUAAGAGAAGUAAGCUCACUCUCUCUUUUUGUCUUUAGAAUAACUUUUUCAAACUUUCUUCAACUCAGUCAUCUUUUUCACGAGUACUCGCUCAAAAAACCUAAUAAUUACUAAUUAAAAAAAAAACCCAAGAAAAGCUGUUUAGAUUAUUAGGGUUUUGUACUACCAUUCCAAAAAAAAACCCAAAAUUUUCAAACCGAAAAUUUAUCCCUUUUUUAAUUUAGCUUUCACUCACCCGACCCAACUCAACUGACCUUAUCAUCUACUUUGCUUUGCUCUUUAGUCCUUUGGGUUUAGUUUCAGAUUUUCAGAGUCAAAAAAGGGGAAAAAUUGGCUGCCAUCUUUUUUUUGGCUUUUUUUUUUGGUUGGGUUUUAAACCUUUUUGGAAGCUUACAUGUGAAGCAACAUUUUAGCGUUGAACGAACCCAGCGUGAUCGAAUUUACUCUCUUAACUGCAAUGCCUCAAAUGGGUAUUUUUUAUUUUUCAUAAAUAAGCAAAUGGGUAUUUAUUUUUUUCGAUAAAUGAGCAAAUGGCAUGUUUUAGUUCCUGUAAGCUUCAAUUCUUGAAAUGGGUAUUUUUCUUUUCUCCAUUUUCUUAGCGAAAAAAAUUGAUCUUUUUUGAGCUGGAUCCAAGGCUAAAAGGGUGAUGGAGGAUAUAGGGCUUGUUAAGCAAGGUUGGAAAUGGUUACAAUCUCAGAAACAUGUUUAUUCCAAGGCGAAAACGGCGGUUGGUUGUUGUAGGGAUAAAAUGGGGUUGUUAAUUGAGAGGCAUUGGCCUAUGGUUUGUAGUGGAUGUGCUAAAUUCUGGAAGUUUUCGAGGUUGCUUUUGGUUUAUUGGAAAGAUUGUAUGGUGAGAGGGUUUCAGUCAUGUAUCAGAUUGGGUUCAGCUUCGUUGCUUGUUAUAAUGUGGAGUUGUUUCCUUAGCUUGACUUCCAUGUCCUGCUUGCUUUAUGUACUUCUAAGUAUGGGAGCUGCUGGAGCUGCAGUUCAGUACUUAGGUUACACUCCUGGACUCUUUCUUGUAGGACUCUUUGGCAUUUUGAUAUUAUGGAUGUAUGCUAACUUUUGGAUAACGGGAACAUUGUUUAUAGUUGGAGGUUAUUUGUUCUCCUUAAGUCAUGCACGGUUGAUAGUCUUGAUAGCGACUACAUACUCUGUUUAUUGUGUCAAAGUUCGUGUUGGGUGGCUUGGUGUUUUUCUAUCAAUAAACCUUGCAUUUUUCUCGAAUGAUGUAUUGAAUUAUUUGCUCCAAUGUAUUGAUAAUGCGAGUGAAAACACACAUUACGAAGAGCAGAAGGAAUCCAAACCAGUUAUGGAAGAUGAUUUAUCUGGAGAAUGUGAUUACUCCAUUCCCACUGAUGAACCUGAGAAGGUGCAGUCAUGCAAGUCAUCCAGUAAAUAUUCUACUACGUCAGUUAUUAGCCAAAAAGAGUUUUCUGCUAAAAGGGUGGUCAAAGAAGAAACGAGUUCGGCUGAUGAAAUGAAAAGAAUAUUGAAUAGCACAGAUCAUUAUGAAGCAUUGGGGUUUCCUCGUCACAUAAAAAUUGACACUGCGCUCUUGAAAAAGGAAUAUCGAAAGAAGGCCAUGCUUGUACAUCCUGAUAAAAAUAUGGGAAGUCCUUUAGCAAGUGAAUCAUUUAAGAAAAUUCAGUGUGCAUAUGAGGUUCUUUCUGAUUCAAUGAAAAAGAGGGACUAUGACGAGCAAUUGAAGAAGGAAGAAUCCAGAACUAGGAGUGUCUGUCAAAAGUCUCAUAGCUCUUCACGGCAGCAGGCUAGUCCAGAUAAUUGCUCUGAAGAAUCAAGGCGUAUCCAGUGCACUAAGUGUGGUAAUUCACAUAUAUGGGUGUGCACAAAUAGGAACAAGGCCAAGGCGAGAUGGUGUCAGGAUUGCUGUCAAUAUCAUCAAGCCAAGGAUGGAGAUGGAUGGGUUGAGUACAAAGGUUCAUUGGUGUUUGAUAGGCCUCAAAAGGUGGAAAUACCACGUGCUUUUGUUUGUGCUGAGAGCAAGAUCUUUGAUGUUUCAGAAUGGGCUAUUUGCCAGGGAAUGGCAUGUCGGCCAAACACCCAUCGACCUAGCUUCCAUGUAAACAUGGUUGGAUUGGAGAAGACACAAAGAUCGAACUCAAGCAGAUUUCCUUGGGAUUUGGAUGCUGAAAUGAUUGAUGAAGAUGAAGAAGAAUUCGAGUUAUGGCUUCAGCAGGCCUUGGCCUCUGGCCUCUUUUGUGAAACCUCUAAACGCAGAAAGAGCUGGAGUCCAUUUAAAUUGCCUCAGAAGAAAAGUAAAAAGCAAUGGAGAAGAUCUUCCACCUGAAUUCUUGAUGAAAGGCAUCUGUGAAGAGUUUCUGCUUUCCAACCAAAGAGAAGAAUGAUCAUUCUUCAACAAAGGGGGAGACAGCGUAUGAGGGGGGAAGCAAAAGAAAAUGAAGAGGAAAGGCAAGGAGGGGAAAGCUUUAAAAAAAAAAUGAAAAAGAAAAGAUGGGGUUCUGGUACGGGAUAUUGUCACCGAAGAGCAGAGAUGCAUACAUCUCAUCAAAUUUUUUUCAAGAUGAAAGCAAGGAAAAGAAAGUGAGGAGAUACAUGGAUGACUUUGUCUUUUCUGGCAAUAGAUCGAGGCUGCUUCUGGUACAAAUCAGUUUCUCUUAAAGCUCCUUUUCCGGGCAUUUUUCAUUUCGAAAUCAGGGAUCAAAAUUGAUCUCAUUGUAUAUUUGUCCCAAUGUCGGAAACAUUCUACUGCUAUGUAGUUGUAAUGAAAUUAAUCUCUUCUUUUCGGUUCCCUGUU